AUCCCAAUUCCCGACAUGAUGAACGCUCCGGAACGGAACAACGCUACCCCUGCCAUGUUUGCGGUAAAAGUUAUUUACGCAAGGGCCAUCUGAAGCGGCACAUUAACAACGAAUGCAUUGGCAUCGCACCGAAAUACGUUUGCGACCGCUGUCCAUCACGCUAUAAACGCAGCGAAGAUUUGCGUAGACAUCUGCUUAAGGCUCACAACGUUGUGAGGGCUGGACCAUAUCGCAGUCGGACAAUUGAUGAUUAUAUGGAUGAUAUAAGUACGGCGGCAGGAUAUUAUGAACACAAUCGAUCGUCAUUAUCGUCAGGACCAGGAUUAUCCAUAGCAAAUGUAUCAUCGUCGAGCAUGGAGAGACCUUUGUAUGUGAACGAUUUUGAGGCAUCGCCACAGUUUAACAACCACAACAGCAUCAGCGCCAGCAAACAAUUAUCACAACAUCCCACUCAUCAGCCGCAUCAACGAAUUCAUUUUGAUCAAAUGCUGGCCUAUCUGCCGCCCUUUGAUGGCCGUUAUCCCUGCAUGACAUGUGGUCGCAGCUACUUACGACGUGGCCAUCUGAAACGUCACAUCACCAAGGAAUGUAUUGGGGUGGAACGACAAUUCAAAUAUUUAACCCAGAAAUUGGAUCAACCGCACAAAGAAAAUACCGCACCAAAUCAAGUGCCGAAAAAAGUGAACCGACGUAAAUCCCGGCCCGGCAGCAUUAGCCCCAAUAGCAACAACAAUAAUAACAACAACAAUACCAAAUCUCAAAAUUCUUUGGGUGAUGUUGCCUCCCAUACCGUUGCUGCUGCCGCCGCUCUAAUUGGUGGUGGUGCUGCGGGUGGCAAUGAAAUUAAUCGCAAACGUUUGUCCAUGUCAGAUGUUUCCGAUAUGCUUUAUGAAUUCUAUAGGGCCAAUGCAGCGGCCAAGGUACCCAAACAGCAAUCACAAACCUCGGUGCUGGGGGCUGUGGUGUCGAAAUUCUGUGGCCAAACUUCACCCACCUCCGCGGAGACUUUGGAGCCAUCCAGCAUUGCGGCCAUUGCCACAAAUGGUGCCGCCUCAGAGACGGCAAUUAAAAAUAGUUUUGCCGAUGAAAAGCUGGUGACUGCUGCCACACCCACAAUGGGUGCGGCCUCGCUACAUCCCAAGUUGAAAUAUACGCUAAAAGCCAAAUUGGAGGGGGAUAAUGUGAACACCCCAACCCCCACGCCCACAACACCUUUUAUAACAGCCAUACCCACCUCGGUGUUGACCGUGACACCCACCAUCAACACCAGUGAUGAGCCACUGGACAUUAAACCCAUCAUAAAUCCCACCACGGGGUUGGUAGAGACCGCACCACCCACCACUGCAGACAGUGUGAUCAAACAAGUUCCUGGAGCCAAUACCCAGGCUGCAGCCAUUGCCGCUGCUCUCAUUCGGGAUGGCUAUCACAAUUUUCAGCAGCAAAUUCGCGCCCAAGAAAUCAUGAAAUUCCAAAAAGGCAACUUCAAGGCUCUGCACAAAACAAACGAAUCCACACCCACCAAAAUUUUAGAAACCUUCCUAAGGCAGCAACGCAAUUCGGAAUGCGAUACAAAUUCCGAGCCCAAUGAUGGUGAUGAUGAGGAUGACUCCCGCUACAACGCCUUCGAUGAUAUCCAUCUGAUGGAUCAGUCGAAGAAUGGAGGUGGUAAUGGUGCGGCAGGUGGUGGUGUGGCUUUCCCCCAACUUUUACAAAAUGCCUUGUCACAAAAUUCGGCCCCCGCCACUCCCGGCUCGGUAGAUUAUCUCUCCGAUGAAUCUCAGAAAUAUAUGAAUUUAGCUGCUCAGGCUCAGGCCUUCCGCAACUUGGAAUAUUCCCUAGGCGAUUUUGGCAACACAAGUCCGAAUGAAAAUUCCGGUCCCACUGGCAUCGGGGCAGAUGGUGAACCGAUUUACGAAUGCCGCCAUUGUGGUAAGAAAUAUCGUUGGAAAUCGACACUGCGCCGACACGAGAAUGUCGAAUGUGGUGGUAAGGAACCAUCACAUCAGUGUCCCUAUUGCCCGUACAAAUCAAAGCAAAGGGGUAACCUUGGGGUACAUGUCCGCAAGCAUCAUUCGAAUAUGCCUCAGCUGGCAAGUCGCCGUCGUUCGAAAUAUUCGACAAAAUGUGAAUCGAAUGUCAGCAGUGCCAAUGUUUCGGAUGAUUCCAAUUCCAAGUUAAUCAUCGACUGUUCCAAAUGAGUGUGGGCCUAUCUUUGGGC